CUCCUCACUUCUCAGCAUUCUUUACCUGGGAUCCCUGUGGCCUUGAAACAAUCCAUUGACCUGCGCACCUCCAUGGACGGGAAAUACAAAGAGAUAGCUGAGGAGCUUUUCUCCCGCAGCCUGGCAGAGAGCGAGAUGCGGAGCGCUCCCUAUGAGUUUCCUGAGGACAGCCCCAUCGAGCAGCUCGAGGAAAAGAGGCAUCGCCUUGAGCGACAGAUCAGCCAGGAUGUCAAGCUUGAACCUGACAUCCUCCUACGAGCCAAACAGGAUUUUAUGAAGACUGACAGUGCCACAGAUCUCGAAUUCAUGAAGGAGCAGAGUGAGGCUCCAGAUCAGCAGGACAGAGACCUUAUUACUGAGAGGGAGUACCAAAGAGUCACUAUUUCUGGAGAGGAGAAAUGUGGGGUUCCAUUCACAGACCUGCUGGAUGCUGCCAAAUGUGUAGUAAAGGCUCUGUUCAUCAGGCAAAAGUACAUGAGUCUGUCUCUGCAGAGCUUCUGCAGGACCACCACCCGUUACCUUCAGGAGCUGAGCGAGAGACCUCUGGACUUAGACAUCUAUGAGGAAGAGAUCCCAGAGACGUCAGUCACUGCAGAUGCCACCGUGCACCCACCUACUUCUGACAAGCACCCGUAUGAAAACCAGGACCCUGCCAGCAUGCCUUCUGAUGAGGGCUACGGCUGUAAGAUGGUCAACGGUGUCAUGCACGUCUACACAACAAGGGACAUCAUGGAAAAGAGCACAGAGCUGGACCUGCCGUAUCCAGACCUGCAGGAGUACAUCGCUGACAUGAACGUCAUGAUGGCUCUCAUUAUCAACGGACCAGUAAAGUCCUUCUGCUACCGUCGGCUGCAGUAUCUCAGCUCCAAAUUCCAGAUGCACAUUUUGCUGAACGAGAUGAAGGAGCUGGCAGCACAGAAAAAAGUGCCACAUCGAGAUUUUUAUAACAUUCGUAAGGUUGACACACACAUUCACGCUUCAGCUUGCAUGAACCAGAAGCAUCUUCUACGUUUUAUCAAAAGGGCCAUGAAGAAGUAUCCUAAAGACAUUGUGCACAUGGAAAGGGGCAAAGGUCAGACGCUCAUGGAAGUAUUUGAGAGUAUGAACUUGACAGCCUUUGACCUAAGUGUUGACACUCUGGACAUGCAUGCUGACCGUAACACAUUCCAUAGAUUUGACAAAUUCAACGCCAAAUACAAUCCCAUCGGUGAAUCCAUCCUGAGAGAGAUCUUUAUUAAAACAGACAACUACAUCGAGGGGAAGUACUUCGGUCACAUAGUAAAGGAGGUGAUGGCUGACCUGGAGGAGAGCAAGUACCAGAACGUGGAGCUCAGGCUGUCCAUCUACGGGCGCUCCAGGAAUGAGUGGGACAAACUGGCCAAAUGGGCCAUCCAACAUCAGGUCUACUCCGACAACGUGCGCUGGCUCAUACAAGUGCCACGACUCUUUGAUGUCUACCAUACAAAGAGGCAACUGUCCAACUUCCAGGAAAUGUUGGAGAACAUCUUCAUGCCCCUGUUUGAGGCUACAAUCAACCCUGGAAGCCACCCGGAGCUACACCUCUUCCUUCAACAUAUCGUUGGUUUUGACAGCGUGGACGAUGAAUCGAAGCCAGAGCUGCAUAUCUUCAACAUGGACAGCCCACUGCCAGUCAAAUGGGCAGAGGAGGACAACCCACCUUAUUCGUACUACCUCUACUAUAUGUAUGCAAACAUGACAGUGCUGAAUCACCUGCGCAGGCAGCGUGGGUUCAACACACUUGUCCUGCGUCCUCACUGCGGAGAGGCGGGGCCAAUCCAUCACCUGGUGUCAGGUUUUAUGUUGUCAGAGAACAUCUCCCAUGGGCUGCUGCUCAGGAAGGCUCCAGUGUUGCAGUACCUGUACUACUUGGCUCAGAUAGGCAUCGCCAUGUCUCCUCUCAGCAAUAACAGCCUGUUCCUCAGCUACCAUCGUAACCCUCUGCCAGAGUAUCUGUCCAGAGGACUCAUGGUCUCUUUGUCUACAGAUGACCCUCUGCAGUUUCACUUCACCAAGGAGCCACUGAUGGAGGAGUACAGCAUUGCAACUCAGGUGUGGAAACUGAGCUCCUGUGACAUGUGUGAAUUAGCCAGAAACAGCGUGUUGAUGAGUGGAUUCUCUCACGAGGUGAAGAGUUACUGGCUCGGACCGAACUAUAUCAAAGAAGGACAGGAGAGCAACGACAUCAGGCGCACCAACGUCCCCAACAUCCGUGUGGCCUACCGCUACGAGACCCUGUGUGAGGAGCUGAACCUAAUCACACAGGCCAUUCGCACGGACGAGCUGGAGACCAUCGAGGAGGAGGGGAUUCUGUGUAUGGGACCAGCGCAGGCAGAGAAGUGA